AGACAGCUCAUCUUCUUGUUGAAAAUACAACAUGAAAGUAUUCUAUACACUUGCUGCGGUCCUUCCACUGGCUGUGAGUGCCACGCUUAGCAAGCGCUCCAUCACCUGUCUUGAAGUUGGCGCCACGGCCACCGCGACAUGGACGAACAGCGACGGACAGACAUGUUCGUUUGUUGGGGUGGUUGGAAGUAACUACGGAACCAACAGCGAUGGAUCCGGAGACUACUCAUGCAAUGGUCGAUGCGGUGCUGGAUGUACCGGAACCGCGGUUGGCGAUGUGUACACGCAGGACUGUUUCUCGCAUGAUAUCUGUUCAUACUUCAAUAAUGCCAGCGGUGGUUCGAGUGAUCCGAACUGCGGAGAUGCCUAUGAUUCUGCGGUAGAUGAUACAGUCGGGGGGGCAGUGGCAGGAUGUUCGCAAACGAAUCCCUCAAGUGCGGUAUCAAAGCCGGCGACAAGUCCGACCUGUGCAUGAUACAGUUAUCCAAAAAGGGGUGCCGCAAAGCACAACCCGUCGCCUGUACUGUAUGAGUUUAACUGGCGUUUGAAAAUUGACGCAUCGAGAAUAAGAGUGGUGUCGCUGUUCCGAGAUUUUGCAAGUCAUAUCAAAAGAGCUGUCCGGAUUCAACACUGAUUGUCCCUAUCCAGUCUUCUUGACCUAUUCUUCUCCUGAUUUCUGCAGACGUAUCAGGUGCAAUAUAACAGGGAGACAAACUGAGGACGCACAUAUCCAGCCCCCGUGCUUUUGCAACCAGGCAGGGAAUAAUGCUUAUUUUACACCCCGUAGUUACCAAAUGCUUAUGAGGAGGGACGGGAUGAGAUUCUUCUUUCCUUAAUAUCAGCGG